CGGCUCAACCAAUCAGCUUGCAGUGGGGUGUCACCUCCCAUCUUUGUCAAGCAGUAUGGCUGACGUUCUGUAGUGUGUGUAAGCUUCUAACUAGUGUUGACCUGUUUUAUUAAUUUUAAAUCAUGUCAGUGCUACUAUUCUUGAAAAACUUGCACUGCGUCAGCAAAGUUCCUCUGAGUGUCGCGCGCCCGGUCGUCGAUUGUCUAUAUCACACCGAAAAAGGAGUCUACGGUUACCGACCCAAACAAAUCGAGGGGGACCCGAAGUUGCAGAGUGACCAUAUCGCUACACUCAAUCAAGAUCAUGGUCUCAUGCGCCUGGUGGAGGCAUACCGAGCACAUGGACACAAGGCUGCUAAAAUUAACCCUCUACUGCCAGAGGACCCUGUGGAGGACACUGUGCCAGAGAUCAACAUGUUGACUGGGGCUGUACAAGGACCCCUCAACACAUCUGGACUGCGUCACUUUGGUAAGGCUGAGGCGUCAGUGGAGGAGGUGCUUGCUUACCUGGAGGAGGCCUACUGUGGCCGCAUUUCCAUAGAGACCAGUCAGUUGACCAGUCUGGAGGAAAGGGAGUGGUUCGCCGACCGCUUCGAGGAGUUAAAGAAGGAGACAUUUACGGCGGAGGAAAGGAAGAAGUUGGCCAAACUCAUGCUGGAGUCACAGGAGUUUGACAAUUUCCUGGCAAACAAGUUUUCCACAGUGAAGCGUUACGGUGGUGAGGGAGCAGAGAGCAUGAUGGGAGUGUUCUAUGAGAUGUUCCGCCUGUUGGCCCACAGUGGGGUGACGGACAUUGUCAUGGGGAUGCCUCAUCGCGGGCGACUCAACCUCCUCACGGGGCUGCUGCAGUUCCCACCAGAGCUGAUGUUCCGUAAGAUGUGUGGCCUCAGUGAGUUCCCAGCGGACUCUCCCUCCAUCGGUGACGUCCUCUCCCACCUCACCACCUCUGUAGAGCUGGAUUUCGGUGCUGCCCACCUCCUCAAAGUGACCAUGCUGCCCAACCCCUCCCACCUGGAGGCCAUCAACCCAGUCACCCAGGGGAAGACCAGGGCCCGGCAGCAGCUCAAACAGGAGGGAGACUACUCACCAGACGAGAACGCACAGCCUGGGAAUAAAGUCGUAUGUCUCCAGGUCCAUGGGGAUGCCUCAUUCUCUGGUCAAGGGAUUGUUCCAGAGACAUUCACCAUUUCACUACUCCCCCACUUCAGAGUCGGUGGGAGCAUCCACCUCAUUGUAAACAACCAAGUGGGUUAUACCACUCCAUCUGCGAGAGGGAGAUCGUCUUUAUACUGCAGUGAUGUUGGUAAGAUGGUGGGCUGUGCGGUGGUCCAUGUGAAUGGUGAUGAUACGGAGGAGGUGGUGCGUGCCACACGUUUGGCGGUAGAGUAUCAGAGACGCUUCAGGAAGGAUGUCAUCCUGGACCUGCUCUGCUACAGACGGUGGGGACACAACGAGCUGGACGAACCUGGUUUCACUAACCCUGCCAUGUACAAGAUUAUCCGCUCCAGGAAGAGCAUCCCAGACUCCUACGCUGACCAGCUGAUCUCAGAGGGCCUGAUGACCGAGGAGGAGUGUGGUGCCAUCAGGACAGCCCACUACGGCAUGCUGAACGACAAGCUGGCCAACAUGACCCUAUACAGCCCACCACCCACCAACCUGCAGGGGCGCUGGGGAGGUCUGGAGGAGCCCCAGGCCAGAGUCACCCACUGGGACACGGGGGUGCCUGUCGCCCUGCUGCAGUAUGUAGGGGCUAAGUCUGUGGAGAUACCCGACGAGGUCCAGCUACACAGCCACCUUGGGAAGAUGCAUGUGGCGGGUCGCCGUGCGAAGGUGGAGAAGGGAACUAAUCUGGAUUGGUCCACUGCGGAGGCCAUGGCGUUUGGCUCUCUGCUCUGCCAAGGGUUCAACAUUCGUAUCAGUGGACAGGAUGUUGGUAGGGGCACCUUCAGUCAGAGACAUGCCAUGAUAGUUUGCCAAGACACAGAUGACAUGUACAUUCCCCUCAAUCACAUAGACCCUGAACAGAAAGGAUUCAUGGAGGUGUGCAACAGUGCCCUGUCUGAGGAGGCCGUGCUGGGCUUUGAGUAUGGCAUGGCCAUCGCCCAGCCUAAACUACUGCCUAUCUGGGAGGCUCAGUUUGGAGACUUCUUCAACGGAGCUCAAAUCAUAUUCGACACCUUCCUCUCUGGAGGCGAGGCUAAGUGGCUGCUGCAGUGUGGAAUGGUGAUCCUGCUUCCCCAUGGUUACGACGGAGCAGGACCGGAACACUCCUCCUGCCGCAUGGAGAGGUUCCUACAGCUGUGUGACAGUAAGGAGGAGGGGGUGGAUGGUGACAAUGUCAACAUGGGCAUGGUCAACCCUACGACUCCAGCACAGUACUUCCACCUGCUGAGACGACAGAUGAUACGCAACUUCCGCAAGCCACUCAUCGUUGCCGGGCCCAAGACUCUGCUCCGAUUCUCUGGGGCAACAUCCAGUUUGGCUGACAUGGCUCCUGGAACCUCUUUCAAACCUGUGAUUGGUGACACCUCAGUCACUCCAGCCAGUGUCCAGCGGGUGGUGCUGUGUUCAGGGAAGCACUACUAUGCCCUGUUGAAGCAGAGGGAGGCAUCCGCAGCCACUCAGACCACAGCACUGAUCAGACUGGAGGAGCUGUGUCCCUUCCCUCUGGAAGCCCUGCAGCAGGAGCUCACCAAGUAUACCAACGCCAAAGAGUUUGUCUGGAGCCAGGAGGAGCCCCAGAACAUGGGCCCCUGGUCCUUCGUGGCCCCUAGGUUUGAGAAGCAGCUGGGGUGCAAGCUCCGGUUGGUGAGUCGGCCUACUCUGCCCGCCCCGGCUGUGGGCAUCGGAACGCUCCACCACCAGCAGAACGAGGCCAUCCUCACUGCCACCUUCUCCUCUUGAGCCACUGGGCCCCAAGAUGGCUGCUCCUGCAGGGCCCCAAAAUGGAUGGACCCUCCCUGCUCCAGUAAAACCAGAUUACAUCUCUUCUCUAGCCUGGACCUCCAGGCUGAAUUUAUCUCUGUUUCACUCAACUUUCUAUGAAUUGGUGAGAUGAAACAAUAGAGUCCAGGAUCUCUUUUCUUCCUGUAUGUUUAAAUGUUCUCAAAAACACAGGUGCUAAAGACUGCUUCUUCAUUGUGCAGGGGGCUUCAGGUACUGAGUGGAACAAGACUGUUUGAUGGUUUGUAAGGGCUGUUUUAUCGAGCAUUAUUAAAUGGAGCUGUAGCUGUCUAAAAACAAUGUGAUGUAAAUGGUCUGAGAUUGCAUCGUAAAGCAACUCAAUAUUCCCCUGAGUGUUCAUUUCUAUUGUAAUAUUGAAUUUUUAACUUUAUGCAAAAGUUAAUUUCACAUGCAAUGUGAUUGCAUUCAAUUUACUAUACUGAAACAAAAAUAUAAACGCAACAUGCAAGAAUUUCAAAGAUUUUACAGAGUUACAGUUCGUAUAAGGAAAUCAGUCAAUUGAAAUAAAUUCAUUAGGCCCUAAUCUAUGGAUUUCAUAUGACUGGGAAUAUGAUAUGCAGCUGUUGGUCACAAAUAACUUUU